GCACGCCCAGAGCACGAGGCAUGCGUCAGUUUCCUGGAGACUAGACAGAGCGAGCAAGCAGCCGUUCAGUCUAGUCGUUGGGGCGAUGUGGUCCUCUCCAGAUGAAAGUCUGGAAGGCAGGUCUCCCAUGAUUGUUCUGAAGAAUACUAAUUCUGAGAUACAUAAACAAAGAUAUGUCCUACCGUACAAGAGAUAUGAACCAUACCAUCAUUCAGAAUACAAAAUGAACCAUAACCGUGGUUUUCAAGGAAAAAGGAGAGGUGCGAAUUAUAUAUGGAAUAAAUUUGACAGGAAGAAUAAUCAUUUUGAUCAUUCUGGUGCUCCAUAUGCCAUGAGAAUGAAAGGGAGGAGAGAAAGAUACAGUUAUGAAGACCAAUAUUUUCUUACUGUGUGGGAUGAUAGAAAAACUGAAGAGGGCGAAACGGAUCUGGAUGGUGAAAAUGGAACUGAGGAGAGAUGGUACAAGGUCACAAUUCCAAGUGGAAGAAUGUAUGAGAAGACGUGGCUAAUGAAUUCAAUCAAGAACCUCUGUAGUGUGCCCUUCAUCCCUGUUGAUUUCCAUUAUAGCAAAAACCGGGCCAGGUUCUUUGUUCAGAAUGCUGAGACUGCCUCUGCACUGAAGGAUGUCAACUACAAGAUUUGUGAUGAAACAAGCAGAAAAAUAACCAUCUUUGUCACCCCUUCUGUUGUACCCUAUUCCGUGCAAAACAAGUUUACAUCAGCACAAAUGGAGCAUAUAAAGAAAUCUAUGAUGAACCGGUAUGAUGCCUCCCAGAAAGCUCUAGACCUCGAGAAGUUCCGAUUUGAUGAAGGCUUAAUGGACAAGGAUAUUGACAUGAUGCUGAAUCGAAGAAGCUGCAUGGUUGCCACACUACAGAUCAUUCAAAGCAAUAUCCCUGAACUGUUGUCCUUGAACUUGAAAAACAACAAAUUGUACCAGCUGGAUGGGCUGUCUGACGUGAUAGAGAAGGCCCCUCACGUUAAGAUUCUGAACCUCUCCUACAAUAAACUGAAGUCAAUCAUGGAAUUGCAGAAGUUGAAAGAACUGAAGCUGGAAGAGCUGUGGCUAGAAGGGAACCCCUUCUGCAACUGCUUCUCAAAUCGUUCUGCAUAUAUAAGACCACCACCACCACCACCACCACCACAACCACAACCACGCAAGGAAACCUGUAAUGAAUCUGAACACAUAAAAAAUCUAGUUCUACGAUUUCUGAAAGAAUACUACUUGUUUUAUGACAGUGGAGAUCGAUUUCGUCUUCUCGAUGCUUACCAUGACCAGGCCUGCUUCUCCCUGUCGGUUCCUUUCAAUGUCAAUGACCCAGACCUGAACAACUUGGAAGAGUACUUCAAAUAUAACAGAAAUAUAAAGAAGCAUCAAGACUCAUACAAGCGAAUGCAGUUGCUGAAGCACACAAAGCAUGACAUCGUGAACUCUCUUAGCUUGUUACCCAAAACUCAGCAUGAUCUUUGCUCUUUCUUGGUGGAUUUGUGUUUCCAGACGGAAAUGAUGGUUUGUUUUUCUGUGAAUGGACUGUUCAAGGAAGUGGAAGGAAAAUGCCAAGGCUGCAUCCGUGCCUUCACGAGGAUCUUCAUUGCUAUCCUUAGCAGCGAUUCAAGAAUUUGUAUCAUGAAUGAUGAGUUGAUUGUGAGGAAUGCCAGUCCCAAAGAGAUACAAAAGGCCUUCACUUCAUUGCCUGCACCCGACACUUCAUUCAAGCCUUUACUCUCUGAAGAACAGCAGGAAAUGGUGAAGUCUUUCUCCAUGCAAUCUGGAAUGAAACUUGACUGGUCUCAGAAGUGCCUUGAAGAUAACGAGUGGGACUACACCAAAGCUGGAGAGGCCUUCACUGCCCUCCAGAAUGAGGGCAAAAUCCCAAAGGAAUUCUUCAAAUAAAAGGAUUCUAAGGGCAUUCUGUGGAUAUAGUAUUCUUCUUUGUCCACAUUACUUCCCUUUGAAAGGCCUUUCCCAUGCCUGGGAAUAGAGGCCUGGCUGACCAAAAGAUAAAAACAUGUAGACCAAGUAACACAAGUACCCUCUCCAUGGGGCAGUUUUUCUCUUUCCCUUUGAAGUUGUUGUUUGUUAUUUCAUAAUAAAGAAUUUCUUUACUUUG